AUGACAGGCAAACUCCUCAUCUACGGCGCAACAGGCUACACAGGCACCCUAAUCAGCACCCAAGCCAAACUCACCAACCUCAAUUUCACCAUCGCUAGCCGGUCCCCCAAAAAACUCACAACACUCUCCAAAUCCCUCUCCGUCCCCUUCUCGGCAUUCGCACUAGACGACCAUUCUCAAACCCUAGAACAUCUCAAACCCUUCACAGCAGUCCUCAACUGCGCCGGCCCAUUCAUCAAUACCGCACCACCUCUCAUGCGCGCCUCCAUCGAGUUAGGAAUCCACUACCUCGACAUAACAGCCGAGUACAAAACAUACUCUCUCGCCGAGUCCCUACAUCUCCAAGCGAAAGAAAGGGGGAGUAUGUUACUACCUGGUGUGGGAUGGGAUGUAGUUCCUAGUGAUUGUCUCGCUUUACAUACACUAUCCCUUUUACAUGGCAAAGCCGCGAAGAAAAUGAGUAUUGCACUUAAAGUCGAUGGUGGGAUGUCUCGUGGUUCGGCAAUUAGCGCAGGUGAGAUUAUGGGUGUGGGAGUUUUGCAAAGAUGUGCUGGCGAAAUAGUUUCUGUUCCUGAUGCGAAGACAAGGGUAUUUGAUUUCGGGGAUGGGAAUGAGGAUGUGGAAUGUCACCCUAUCUCUUUCGGGGAUCUAAUCACGGCGUUACAUUCUACUGCCAUUGAAAACAUCGAAAUGUAUGUCCACGUCACGGGAGCCGGGUUUCCAGAGGGAGAUUUAAGCGAGUUACCUGAUGGGCCUAGUGAAGAGGAAAAGGGGGCGAGUAGAGCGGUUGUUGCUGUGGAGGUGAUGGAUGAGAAUGGGGAUGUUUUCAAAUCUAGGAUUGAGACAGUUAAUGGGUAUUCUUAUACGCCGUUAGCCGCCGUGGAAGCUUCGAGACGGGUGUUGGGGGGCGAGUUUCAAGUUGGGUUUUCCACACCUGGGCUGGUUUUUGGGAAGGGGUUUGCAGGUACCAUUCCAGGAACACAGAUCUUUGAUCUUUGA